UAUUUGUUUACCUUUGGUGUCGUGGUCGGUUGGAGAAGAUAUUGGCUAUUGCAUAGUUCCGAUGAUUUUUCCCUAUGUCCCGAUGACUACAAAGAACAUACAGCAAUGACUUAAGUAUACUUUGAUCAUCUUUAUUCUCUUGGUGUUUUGAAUGGUACAUCUGAGCAAAGUUAGUUAUAAAACGGAUAAUUGGUUCCGGCUGUUGAUUCUUGAACCAGGAUGUUAAGCACACCAUUACAGAGACGACAGGCCGUCAUUUUUGUCCUGGGAUGGCUCGCUUACGCCUCGACGUAUUUGCUGCGAAAACCUCUAGGUGUUGUGAAGACAGAUUUAGAAGAGUCCCUUUCUAUUGGUAAAACACAGUUAGGUUGGCUAGAUACUGCUCUGUUGCUGCCUUAUGCUCUAAUGCAGAUGCUGUUGGGUCCUCUAGGAGACAGAUUUGGACCCAGAAGGACUUUUGGAGUCUGCUUGCUGAUGUCUGCAUUUUCAAUGGCCACAUUUGGAAGCUGGAGUAAUUUCUGGUUAUUCUUCCUAUUACUUUUCAUCAAUGGAACAGCACAGGCCCAGUGCUGGCCUAACUGCAUUAAGUGCCUGGGAUCCUGGUAUGCAGAUGAUGUCAGGAACAGCAUGUUUGGAAUGUUUGGGACGUGUGCCUUUGCGGGGGGCAUUAUGGGAACUUCACUGGCAGUUUAUCUACAGACUUCCUACUCUUGGAGAAGUGCAUUUUUUCUUCCUUCUGUGAUAGUGGCAACACUUGGUGUGCUGGUCUUCCUGUUCUUCAGCACCCCUGAAGAACAAAGCAUAGAAAUACCUGGAAAAUCACAGAGUACAGCAUCGUCAAAAUCUACAGGAAGCACCUCGUGGCUACAGAUGUGGAAAAUCCAGAUGUUACCAGAGGUGGCUGUUGCUGUCUUCUGUUUAAAAGUUGUGAGAUACUGCAUGUAUAUGUGGUUACCAAUGUAUUUACUUAAUGCUUUAAAGUACACCAAAGCCAAGGCUGGUAUGUUUUCUACAACAUUUGAGGUGGGUGGAGUGUUAGGCAGUGCUGUUAUAGGAAUUGUCAUAGACAGGUAUUUUAAGGGUCGGUCUUUAGCGGGUACUGGUUAUUCCGUGGCUUUAUCGGCUGUCUCCCUCCUGGCGUUUUAUCUGACCAGUACAUGGGGAAUUGUGUUUAACACAGUGUUCAUGUUUUUAGCUGGAGUGUUCAACUGUGGCCCUGACAGCAUCCUAGGUGGAUCAAUCCCUAAUGAGCUCGGAGAGAUGGAUGGAAGAAAUGCUGCUGCUGCAGCUGUUGGUCUUGUCAAUGGUUUUGGCAGUGUUGGUACCUUUUUGGAGGGCCCUAUUAUUGGGGUGAUAUCAGCGAACUAUGGCUGGUCUGGGAUGUUCUACCUUAUGAUUGGACUAUCUGGAGUCGGCGCCCUGGCCGUUCUACGUGCUCUGUCUAUUUAUAACAGGAGACAUGGGAAAAUACCAGAUGCUAUACCAUUAAAAAUGGAAGACAUCGCAUAAAUAGGAACAAACUCAUAGUGGUGUGCUGCUGUUUUGUGGUAAUUUCUAGGAUAACCUGGCUGUUCUAGGAAAUUUCUAGGAAGGUGGCUGUUUUUAUGUAUGCAAGAAAUCUUGCUCAGGGUGUUUUUUAUUGGUCUCAAAGGAUUUAUACAUCAAGACUUUAAAAUUGUCUUAAAGUAACAGUAGAAUAUGGUCAGGUGUUCUACAAGGAAGGUGCAGUGUGAUGAAGGGACAAGUUUAGCAAUAACACAAAAGUCCAUUGUUAAUCAUGAGGGAUUUUAUUAUAAUUAUUUUGUUGCUGUCAUUGGUAGCCAUUUAUUGGUGUUUUUCAAUGUAAAUGGGGUAAAUUAUAAAACAUAUUAGAAAGAAGAAAAUGUACAUUAGACAAAAGCAAACAUGUCCCAAUAAGUUUUUUUUCUUGGUUUGUAUAAUGAUAUGUCAGUUCUACUUAAUAAAUUAUUUAAUGUAAAAGACAGUGUAAUACCAUGAUAUUCUUCCUUGUAAAGGUUUUAGUGUACAAAAGAUUUUUUGUUUGCGAUUUGUAUAUGUGCUCUUUACCAUAUAUGUAA